GGAAAUUAUUCUUUGAGGAUCAACUUGGAAGACUUUGAUGGUCACCAGCGUGUCGCUGAAUAUACCAGCUUCAAAGUAGCAGAUGAAAAAUGUAUGCAGGUACAGCUGGAGAUGCCUUGUCUGGAAGUCAUCAGGUUGGCGUGUCGGGGUGGGCCAGCCAUCAGGGCAUGAGGUUCAGCACCUACGACCAGGACAACGACAACUACAAAGGCAACUGUGCACAAGAAGACAAAGGAGGCUGGUGGUUCAACAAAUGCCACUCUGCCCAUCUCAAUGGCUUGUACUACCCCAGUGGGUACUACAGUGCUGCAACUGACGACGGGGUUGUUUGGUUUACUUGGAAAGGGUGGUGGUAUUCAUUGAAGACAAGCAUCAUGAAGCUGAGACGCAGUGACUUUAAUCAUGACCCCAAUGCAGUUCCUCUAUCCUAGUUUGAACCUUUUUCCCAUGAGGAAGAAACCGUUCAGCCCCGUGACUUGUUAAGGUAGUCGUUGGUGUGAUGUAACUCUGUUACACAAUGACAAAAACUCAACCUAAUUUGUCUUAAAUUUGAUAAAGUAGACUUUAUCUUGUGGGAACAAAGGGAUGGACUCAAUAAGGAUGCAGAUUGCUUUUUUUUCUGAUUGUUAUUCAUAGUGUUGACUGUCCUUAUGUAGGGAGGAUACAGGUAUACAUAUAUUUGGCUUUAAAUAAAAAAAGAAUGAAGCAUCA